GUUGACCACAAUAUAAUUCCCAUAAGGCCAUAAUCAUACCUCCCCCCUCCCAUCAUUCAUACAUACCACCACCACUAUCAUUCUCAUUCAUUCAUUCUUUCAAGAAAACUCAAACAACAAUCUCAAAUCUUGAUAAAGAUGCCACCUUUCUCACAAUCAGCCCCUAUCUCAAAUGGGUUUUCACUUUCACAAAAUACCCAAAAAGUUUCCAACAAUAUCAUCACCAUUGAUGUGGGUGGUCAACUCUUUCAAACCACCAAACAAACCAUAACCAUAGGUGGCUCCAACACCCUUUUGUCCAAUCUUUUCAACUCAUAUGAACCAAACACCAUCCCUUUCAUUGAUAGAGACCCUGAAUUGUUCUCAAUUCUUCUUUCUUUAUUAAGAACAGGCAAUCUCCCAUCAAAAGCCAAACAUUUUGACAUUCAAGAUAUCAUCUUUGAAGCAAGAUUUUAUGGAAUUAGUGAUCUUCUUGUUGAAACUCAGUCAAACCCAUCUCAAUUUGAACCUUUUGGUUUAGAAAAAUCAAAGCUUUUGCCUUUAAGUGGUAGGGAUACACCUUCUGCUAUUGCAGCAACUCCAAAUGGGUCAGUUCAUGUCUCACAUGGUAGCAAGAUUACAUCUUUUGACUGGUCUUUACAAAGAAAGUCAACAACUUUGACCAGUUUUGCAGCUAUUGAUUCUUUAUUAGCUUUGUCCCAUAAUGUUGUGGCUGCUGGUGCUACAGACUUUUCUGGGCUGCAAAUUCUUGAUCUUGAUUUGGGCUUUGUAACACAAACUUUAAAGUGGGAAAAUGCAACUAAAUCUAGCUCAACGGUUCAAGCAAUUGGGAUGUCACCAGACUUAUUAUUCACUAGUUUUGAAUCUGGUAGAAGAAAUUCAAACACUAUCAUGGUUUAUGAUGUUAAUAGUUUCAAAGUUGUGUCCGAGAUUGCGCGUAAUGAAAUCUUCGGUGCCGAUCUUGAUUCGGCUAUUCCAUCGACUAAGUUAUGUUGGGUAUCUAGUCUUAAUCUGUUAAUGGCUUCAGGGUCUCAUAGUAGUCAUUCAGGUGUGUCAGGAAACAUAAAGUUUUGGGAUAUAAGAUCCGGAAAUGCGGUUUGGGAAACUAAGGAAACGGUUGAUUGUUUUUCGGAUAUCGCGGUUUCCGAUACCCUUUCGGCUGUUUUCAAGAUUGGUGUGAACUCAGGAGAGGUUUCCUACAUUGAUUUAAGAAACUUUGGAUCUUGUGACUCAUGGAAUUGUGUUGGUGACACUAGGAAAGUCAACAACAAUGGGAAGAAAGUCAAAGAGGGGUUUGGUUGCAAGAUUGAAACUCAUGGGAAUCAAGUUUUUUGUGGUAAGCAAGAGAAAUUGGAGUUAUGGUCAGAGGUGUUGAUGGGUUCGUCGAAUGAUGGUAAAGAUCGAAUCUUUCGGAAGAAUGUGUUGGGACGAGUGAAGGAUUUGGGUGGAAAGAGGAUCACGAACAUGGGUUUCGGAGGGAACAAGAUGUUUGUUACUAGGAAGGAUGAACAAUGUGUUGAAGUUUGGCAAAGCUCAGUAAGAAGAUUGUGACUGUUAGAAGAUUUGAAUUUGUUAUUCUUUUUUUCAAUUGUAUGUAAUUUGGUUUUGUGGUAUAUUGAUUGUUUGUGUACAUAUGUUAAUACACCAAUCUUCAACUUCUUACAAA